AUGAACAACAGCCAGUUCUUGCAUGACAGAACCGGCCGCAUUCCGCCCACAGAUGCUCAAAGCACUGAGUAUGGCAAAGCGUCUGGCGUACCUUCUCGCGACUUCUGGGUUGUCUUUGCAGCAUGUUUUCUCGGUUUGAUUUGCUGCUUCCUGCUGAUCGUGGCGGUUUCUGAGCACAAUACUCGGCGUUGGAGAAAAAGAUUCGCCAAAGACGAGGAGCUGGCUUUGGUAAAACCUUCCAACAACUUGAGCUGUGCGCAACGAGAAGUGUUUCGCGGAUCUCGCUAUGGCAUCAGCUUUGCGUUUCACGUGGACUUGGCGUGGCGUGGUGCGCUGGUUACUUUCUUUUGUGCGGCCACUUAUGAUGCCAACUGCUUGAACUGGUGGCAGCGGCAGGGAUGGUCAAUGAGUUAUGUUGUGGUUAUAGUUGUCUUUACAUUGUACAAGGACUUGGGGAGCACAGUCGUUCUGGCUUGGACAGGCUUCUAUGGUACACUGCUCCCAGUGCUGAACUGCUGGUUGAUUUUUUACCUUUUCCCUGACGGUGUCAAAACAGCCGAGACUUGGACAAAGGUUUUUGGCUGGGUGGAUUUCCUUGUGUUUGUCCUGCUGAUGUUCGGCCUGGGUUUCGCAACGAACGGCAAGAUGUAUGCGUUGUCUUGGCAGGCCUACUUCUCCAUGUGCUUCCUGAACCCCUUUGACCAGACUUUGUUCAGCCAAGGCCUCGACGUCCAGCUUCAUGCUGCAGAAACGAGUGCCUUGACAGGAACUAUCAUAGGAUGCAUCUUCGCACUGUUGGUUGCGGCGUGGAUGAACAUCUCUGCCUUACGGAAAGCCCAGCACAUGAUGCUUGAUUUGACAUGGUCUCAUGGUCGGCUCCUUGAGCAGCUCUUGGAGAUGGGCUGCUUAAGGAUGAGGCCACAGGCGGCCUCCGUCUUCGCCGUUGAGGUUCAAAGCUUACAGCAACAGCUCUUGGAGAUUCGUGGGCUUUUGAAGAGCAGCUGGUGGGAAUGCUUCGACCUAGGGGCGGCUGGCCAGUCUCGACUGAUGCUUCUACAGAUGUGUCACAACCUUGAUUUUCUGAUUGGUUGGCUUGAAUCCAUGGUCAUGGCAGUGCAGCAUGCAAAGCUUUCGAACCCGAACCCAGCUCUCCACAUCUUUGACUUGGAAAAGCUCCGGGAGCUCAUCGAGAGCACCAGGGAAGCGCUGCAGCAAAGCUGUCAGGCAGCGGUUCAAGGCAUCUCCUGGGACGCGGAGGAAGAGUCCCACCUAGAGUUCUGGUUGAGUGCACUGGAGGACGCCCAGAUGAAGGCGCAUGAGGCCUUGAAGGCCAAGUUCAUGCACCAGGGAUCCUGGCAGCGGCUCUUCACUUUGGCCCACUUGCCCCA